ACGGUGUCCAUCACUUUCCGGUGAAAAUUAAAGCCCGCAGGAGGACGCAGGCAGGUCAUUUGAUCCGAGGUCGCGGGCUCUCCUUAUCGGCCCCUCUCCCGGCGGCAGGCGCUUUCUAGGGUUUCAGAGAAGACCUCAUCUUUGCGGCAGCGAUGGCGAUGGCGGCUCUGAGAAGAGAGGGGAGGCGCUUCCUCCUCUCGCCCAUCUCACCCAAUCCUUCUACUGCCGCUCGAUCCGCGAUGCUCUCGGAAGACUUGAGCCCGUUAGGCACUCGAUCCAUUUCAACUCAAGUAGUCAGAAACCGGAUGAAAAGUGUUAAGAAUAUUCAAAAGAUUACAAAGGCUAUGAAAAUGGUUGCGGCAUCGAAGUUACGGGCCGUUCAGUCGAGAACUGAAAAUUCACGUGGCCUGUGGCAGCCUUUUACUGCACUUCUUGGGGAUACCCCUAGUGUUGAUGUGAAGAAGAAUGUUAUUGUGACUAUCACCUCUGACAAAGGUCUUUGUGGGGGCAUCAAUUCUACAUCAGUCAAAAUCAGCAAGUCUCUUUACAAAUUGAUUUCCGGUCCUGAAAAAGAAACAAGAUAUGUUUUAUUGGGAGAAAAAGGGAAGGUUCAAAUGGUACGUGACUCAAAGAGUAGCAUUGAGAUGACCAUAACUGAGUUGCAGAAGAAUCCGCUAAAUUAUACUCAGGUUUCUGUUCUUGCUGAUGAUAUUCUAAAGAAUGUUGAAUAUGAGGCCUUGAGGAUCGUUUUUAACAAGUUCCAUUCUGUCGUCUCAUUUCUUCCAACAGUUUCAACCAUACUAUCUCCUGCGGUAGCGGAGAGAGAGUCAGAAUCAGGUGGUAAGCUUGGUGAUUUGGACUCAUAUGAAAUAGAAGGGGGUGAAUCGAAAGCUGAAGUGCUUCAGAAUCUAGCAGAGUUCCAGUUCUCUUGUGUUAUGUUCAAUGCUGUCCUGGAAAAUGCAUGCAGUGAAUUGGGAGCAAGAAUGUCGGCCAUGGAUAGCUCCAGCAGGAAUGCUGGCGAAAUGCUUGACCGCCUCACCCUCACUUAUAACAGGACCCGUCAAGCAUCAAUUACGACGGAGCUCAUCGAGAUCAUAUCAGGAGCAUCAGCUCUCACUGGCUAGAUUCGAGUUCAAGAGUUGCUUUCUUUUUUUUUUUUUCCAUGUGCUUUCUGAUGUUCCUUAAGAUUAUUCUGCGUCAAGAUUUUGCAAUAAUUGGCCCAGAUAUUGACGAAGUCAUGGGAGUAAUAUGUUCCUCUUGCUCUACAGUACAUUCCUAAUGGGAUUGACCAAUUCUUUGGUUUGUGCGGUUA